UUAUAGUUUUUUUCUCUGGCGAUAAUUCACAAUGUCUGUUUUAAAAAUAUUUGUUAAUUUUAUGAACACUAAAUGCUUGGGUUUUCUGUUAGUGUCUUAAUAAAAGGAGGGCUUUCACAUUCACACUAGUACACUUCAAGUUGUCUCUGUCUAGUAAAAUAUUUAUGUUGAGCCAAAGCUGUUUCCUGCUGGUCUUGACAACAGUACACAUCCCCUGAGUCAGCACUAGACAGCAGUGUCACUGUAAAUGUGAUUAUUAUUAGCAAAAGAGCAAGUUUUAUAAGAAACUAUUUUAUUCACAGACAGUAACAUGAAACCAAAUCAGAAUAGAUUGAAUUGAAACUGUGGAAAUUGAAUUAAGAGUUUUAAAAAAAAGAAAGAAAUCAAGAAAGCUGAGUACCACGGAUUGAAUAUUGCUCUAUCUGGACUACUGACAAAUCUAAUGAAUACCAUACAUGCCUUCAUAUACAACUUGCUAUUUUAUAAGAUUAAACAACACCAAACCUGUAAUACAAAAACAGCAUUAAUGGCAGCUAUAGUGCUGGAGCAGGGAAGCAAGCCUCAAUAUAUGUGGCAAUAUUAAAACAAAAGCCCAGUUCUCUGGGGAGGCAUCUUAUAUCAGUUCCGCUGGGUUCAGCACCAGCCCUUCAAACCUGCAGUAGCUCUUUACAUUAACAUCAUCAAUUGCCAGCCUAUCUAUACCUAUCAGAGGAGAAAGAAAAGAGAAAAAAGAAAUACAAAAAAAAGUGCUCUCUGCCUCUGAUGUGAUGGCUUUCUCUUCUUAAUUGGAUCAAGUAGGAAGUUGAGCCAGCCCCUCUGUGUGCUGUGUGUUCUGAUUUUGCUCAGUCCUUCUCUGCAGUCAGAAGGGAAAGAGAGAGACAGAAACCAGGAAAGAGAAAAGGAGGAGGGGAGAAAAGGAAGGGGAGUAUCCACCCUCCUGGUCCUUGUGUUUUUCUAGUCUCUCUCUGCUAAUGAUACGCUUUGCCAGUGGUGCUUAGAGGACUGGCACCUGCUGCUCCUUGGUGAUUCAGCCUCUUACAGCUGCAGUUUGAACACAACAGGAUGUUGCUUGUGCUGCUGAUGCUGCUUCUGCCUCUGCUUAACAACAGUGUUUACAUGAAAGCCGGCUCCACUCGCAAAGACUUCAGGUGAGUCAGCUGAAUUUUGAACCCUGGAGUUACAGCAAAUCUUCUGAAACUGUGAAAAACCUGAAAAAAAUUAUUUAUUUUCAUUUUAAUUACCCGGAGAACCGCCAUGCCUUGAGAAUGGUCCCAAAAGAAGAAGAGUCAUCAUUUAUUUGACUUUUUAUAUAUGUCUAUAGCUUGAUGUCUGUAUCUACGCCCGCACCAUCAAGCUAUUUUGUGAUCAAAUAAUGGAAGACACGCUUCAUCAUUCUUGCUGGCUGCUGUCUUGUGCACCAAGUUAGAGUUCAGGCCUCCGGAGAUCUUUGUCUGACCGUGAGGAUGGCUGAGGGAGCUGAUGAAACCUCCCCGGGCCCUCCCACCCCUCCCUGUGCUGAUGCUGCUGCUACUGAUUCACCGCUCUUUGCCUCCACGGCUCAGGAGAAUGCCCCAGAAGUGUCCGCGGCAACAGAGGGAGUUGCCGAGGAAAACCGAGCUCUGGGAUUGGCAGGCCUGGCUGCUACCUGCUGCAUCUGCAUGGAGACAGCACAAGUGAGGAGCUGCCUGAACUCAGAGAAGAUCUGCAUCCUGCCCAUCCUGGCUUGCCUCAUCAGCCUGGCUCUCUGCACUGCUGGCCUCAAGUGGGUCUUUGUGGACAAGAUCUUCGAGCCCCACACCCACCUUGACCCCAAUCGGAUUGGUCAGGACCCAAUAAUCUAUGCCGACCAAACUCUGGGGCCCACUGGCGAGCCCCAAGCUGUACAUACCUCAGUCUUACCCAGCCACCGCACAGGGCAGCAAACAGUGCAGGUGAAAGGUGACCCUUCUAUGGCGCCUGACUCUGUCCACAAUCCAACCUUCAAUAGCCCUACCUCGGCUUUAACUCUGCUAACCACUCCUGCCAACCAGAGACCCCUCACAACUCCUAACGUGAAAGGACCCACCACUGGGCAUCCUCUGCAAACAGUGGAAACUAAUAUAAUAAAAAUACUCAAGUUGCCAACCACAACUGCUUCUACGCUAGGAACUGGCCAUGCCAUCAAGUGUAACGACAGUGAGAAGAACUACUGUGUGAACGGAGGAGAAUGCUUCGUCCUCAACACAAUCCCAAGCAAAACUAAAUACCUGUGCAGGUGCCCAAAUGAAUUUACUGGUGAUCGUUGCCAAAACUACGUAAUGGCCAGCUUCUACAAGCAUCUUGGGAUUGAAUUUAUGGAAGCUGAAGAGCUCUACCAGAAACGAGUGCUAACAAUCACAGGCAUCUGCAUUGCUCUGCUAGUGGUUGGCAUCAUGUGUGUGGUUGCCUACUGCAAAACCAAGAAACAGAGGAAAAAGCUUCACGACCGCCUAAGGCAGAGUUUGCGAUCCGAGCGUAACAACAUGAAUAACCUUGCAAACGGACCCCACCACCCCAACCCACCCACAGAAAGUGUACAGCUAGUGAUUCAGCAUGCAUCUAAAAACGCCAUCUCUGCAGACCAUGUAACCGAAACAGAAACAUCAUUCUCAACAAGCCAAUACUCGUCAACCACACGUCAUGCUACCCCUGUCACCCAGACAUCGAGCCACAGCUGGAACAAUGAAAACACUGAAAGCAUGACAUCUGAAAGCCGUUCCGAACUGGUGACAUCUUCAAUGGGAACCAAUGGACAGACCAGUCCGGUUGGGUACCGAGGUCGUCUGAAUGGUACAGGCUGUGCUCGAGAUCUUACCACUUACUUAAAGAAUACAAGGGACUCUCCCGAAUCUUAUAAGGACUCGCCACACAGCGAGAGGUACGUGUCUGCGAUGACGACACCUAACCGCAUGUCCCCUGUGGAGUUGCAGUCCCCUUUGUCUCCAUCUUCAGAGAUGUCCCCGCCCCUUUCCAGCUUGGCCACAUCUGUUCCCUCCAUGGCCAUCAGCCCCUUGGUGGAGGACGAGAGGCCGCUCCUAUUGGUUACACCUCCACGUGUGAGGGAAAAACGGAACGACAAUACCAAUAGCAGCCAGCAGCGUAACUCUGCCCACUACAACCAUGGCCUUGAGGCCCACAGCCCUCCUCCUAGCCCACUGAGGAUAGUAGAAGAUGAUGAGUAUGAGACCACCCAGGAGUAUGAACCAGCAGUACAACAGCCUGCAAAGAAAGUUGCCAAUGGCCGGCGGGCAAAAAGAACAAAGCCCAAUGGCCACAUUCCACACAAAUUGGAGUCCGACAGCGACUCAAGCUCAGAGAGCAGCAGCUCCGAGAGCGAGACUGAAGACGAGCGAGUAGGGGAAGACACGCCCUUCUUGAGCAUACAGAACCCCAUGGCAGCAAUCCUCGAGUCAGCCCCAGCAUUCCGGUUGGCUGAUGGCAGCAGGACUAACACAACCCAUCGGCUGUCCACGCAGGAGGAUUUGCAAGCUAGGCUGUCCAGUGUAAUAGUUAAUCAAGAUCCAAUUGCUGUGUAAAAAAAAAUACUUAUACAUAGAGUCACCAGUAAAACUUUAUUUUAUAUAAAUGAAGUAUUCUGAAAAAAAGAAGAAAAUAAUUACUUAAACUAUUUUAUUUUAGCAGUAGUGGAAUAAAAAGAUCUUUUAUAAAUUAAAUCAAUGUAUGUAAAAUGCAUUUUGAGUUUUGAAUGAAUGUGCCAUAUGUAGCAGUUUUUACAGUAUUUCAGUGGAGAAAAAUAUCAGUGGUGCCUUUUUGUUCUGUUAUGUUAAGAGCAGGUUUCGUACAGUGAUUGGUGUCCCACAGUAUUUCCACAAAACUAUUACACUUUACAAUGGCUUGCUGUUUAGUGUUUGUCACCAAUAUGUCCGAUGCUUUCUAAGUAAUGCAUUAUGGGGAUUUGAAUAAAAAAAACUCAUGUUAACUGACACUGGCAAAGGAUAGUCAUAAACAGCCUUUCUUCUAGUUUGUUUAAUUAGAGUUGGCCAUCAACUAAACUGCUUUACUUACUCUGUAAAGUCCUUCAUUCUCAAAUAGAUUUCCCUUUCAAGUGGAUAUUGUGUGAAGUACAGAAAGAAAACCAUAGCUGUUCUUGCUCUGCAGACGAGUGCUCUGCCACAAAUGUAAUAACACAUAACAGGCUAUGUGUUGAGACUGAAAAAACUAAACACAUAAAAGGACCUUGAUGAAUCAUACUCCAACCAAAUUCAAAAACCUUUGCAUUCUUUAAAUAGGUGGGAACUUUUGCCUGAAAUCUUUUCAAAGUGCUUAUUUUAAUUAAUUAUUUAUGUAUUUAUGUAUUUAUUUAUUUAACUUUUAAAAGUGUUAUUUUGACAUAAAAACUGCCCAUUUACCAUUAUCAUGACAUACUGUAUACCACUGGGGCAUGUACACUGUCCCCUGAACAAGUACAGGACACCCUGUAGACUGAGAGUAGUGCACACAUAGGAAUACAAGCAGGCUCACCCCAUGAUGCUUUGCUUUAGAACAAGGGGCCAACAGCAAGACAUAAUGCAAUUGCAUAGAACCAAAAAUCUACGGCUAUAGGUCAUUUUUUUGUCAGUUAAAGUGCAAUAGCUUGUUUUGUUAUUUUUAGGGUUGCUGUUUUUAAACAAGCAUGAUUACAAAGGUUAGUAGUGCACCAGUAUUCCUAUUAUGCAGCUGUAAAUAGGAAUAAAAAUGGUGCCCAUGGUUCAAUACCAAAGCCUUAAUGGAACUCUGUACUGCUGAGUGAAUGACUGUAACAAAGGCCGUUAAACUUGCUUUGGUAAACCAGAUUACUAUAACAUGCACGCACAUUGCAUUGACCAGACCUACAACUAGCAUGCGGUGCACAUAUGUAGUUAAUGUGCAUGUGAGGGAUUGGAUGAAUUACAAAACAAGGACCUUCUGUAAGUGACAAUUAUUACAUAAUGACAGAACUAUUGCACCUUUGUUGCUUUUCAGCCACUAAUUCCCACGGCAAGCCAGUCUGAAACGAUGUUUCCAUUCCACAGUGUCCCCCACCAGUUAUCGAAUCUCAGAAAACUGGUGUGUGUGUGUGUGUGUGUGUGUGUGUGUGUAUAUAUAUAUAUAUAUAUAUAUAUUAUUGAAUCAUUUCCCACAAUGUCAUUAGGCUCUUCUUAAUUUACCUUGAUAAGACUUGACCAUAAACCCCAAUUGCUAUUGAUCAAUGUCUUUCACAUUAUAUCAGUGGUUUAAGUCUCACCAAUUCACAGCUACAUAUCUGAUGCUAUGGGUCGCAUAAUAAGUCACUGGCCCUGCAGAUAGUUCUGCUAGCUAUUAAUAAUGCCACUCCUUUAGCAAUGACACUGUCUUUUUUUGCUGGUCAGCUCUCCGGUUUUGACAGUGGAAAUAUACAUUUUGCUGCCUUUUAUUGUAACUAUCUCUUUAUAACAUCCAAAUCCAUUUCUGAUGUCAAACAAUGCAAUACAUUACAGUUAGUCUGUGCCUGACAAUAUAGUCAAGUCACUGUGCAGUAGAGAAUAAUAAAAAUAGUAAAAUCUAUAAAAAUAAUAUAAUAAAACUCACCUUGUUUUGAAAGCAACACACUGUAACA